GGCUUCCUGUGGUGUCUGGGCGCUGCUUUGGUCCCUCCGAACAGUUGUACGGUUUGUUUGUUGUGCCUCCGUUUAAGAAAUAAUGACUAACUCAGGUGUUCGGGAAGUUUCUCUUGGAACGUAACUACUCCUUGCAACGUGUCGGGACCAGUUUAUAGAGACACAAACUCGAGUUGGACGAUAACCGUGCUGUCGGCCGUCUUCUGGAGUAUCGGACUCCUACACAUUACAGAUGGUCUUCACCUGAGCUGGAGUCGAGACACAUUUGGCUGUCACCCUGCUCCAUUCAAAACCAUGGCGGACAGUUUCUACAAGUUGGAAGAUGAAGCCUUCCCCAGCUUCCUAUGCAAGUCCCUGGACAGCACCGGUGGCCGCGCCACACUGGGGAAUGUGACAUUGGGUUCAGGCCCAGGACUUCCAGUGGCUGCCUCUACAGUGGCUAAAAUUAAACCCGUGUCUGACAACAGAGGAGAUCCUGUUGAGACUUCAUUUCUGGAGGCCAACUCACAGUCAUCUGUUAGAGAACAGCCCAAGUUUGCCCUCAGCUUCAAAGAUGACUUGGACAAUGCGGAUGACUUCAUUGCAGCGCACCGUCUUUCAGACAUGCUGGUGAAGAUAAAUUUGGACGAGAGCGCUUCUCAAAACCGAGGCUCCAUGCUGGGGCCCCCUUUCACACAUAUGGGCUCAGUCCAUGGCCGGCACACAGAACUUGCAACAGAUCUGUCAACAGGGCUUCUGUCGUUUGCUCAUUUUGGACAUAAAGAUAUCACAGAUGCAAAGUUCAUGCACUCUCAGCCCUUACCAGCUACAGCCGAGGAGGACAAUGUGCAGAGUGAUGGAGUGGACAGUGACCAUUUCAGUGGCAGCAACUCCAGCUUCCUGGCAAAUGAGAAGCUCAUGUCUGUAGACAGCAUGAACAGCGACAUCACAGAUGAUGAAAUUGAUUCUAACAACUUGCCUGACGAUGAGCUGGAGCAGUAUUUCAAUAAGCUGGUGCCUCCGGCCAUGCAGAGAGGCAGAGUGGAGGGCCAGGAGAUCCCUGCAACAGGACAGCCUGGUGUUACUGACAACAUAUCAAACCCAAGUUCUACGGAACCAGACCAGUAUAGACACCAGUUCCUUGAUGACUACAAUCAGGAGGACUUCCAGAUGCCUGAUGUGCGUCUGGCUGCUACCGGUAUGGACUCCUGUCCUGCCAGCGAUGAGGACACUGAGGAUGAGCUGGAGUCUGCCGGAAGGAACAGCGGUGCCACCAGGACACGGAUGCUGCCCAGCACCUCCAGACAACUGGUUGGAGAGAGUAACCGUCCCAGUUUCAGGCCGGGCUUAGAGGGAGGCAGUUCUGAUGAUGAGGCUUCCAGCGGCCGCGGUGGACCGUCUCUGUCUGGGAUCGAACACAGACGAUCUGCUGAGGGACAAGUCCUCAACCCUCCAGUCACCGGGGAUGGAGGAGGCGGGGAUGGGAGCAGUGGGAGCGAGGAAAGCGGAAACGACGGCGGGGUUUCGACCAUCCCUCUCCCGUCGACCGCCGUCCAGACCACCUACGAUGUCCUGCGCGGGCUGGGGAUCGUGGGAAGCAGUGCUGCUGGUGAGGAUGAGGAUGGCGACCUGAAUCUGCCAGGACAUGGAAGGAGCGGUCUCUCCAGACUUACUGAGAUGGGUGACCGUGUGGGUCCUGUAGGGAUAGGAGAGGCCAGCUCUUCUUUUGGGGCAUCAAGGGGAACUCAGAGGCUUUCCCCCGUCAACUGGAGCAUGGUCCUGGACCGACAGGAGGCACUGGAUGCCAUGGAGAGCACAGAGUCUGGGCCCACUGUUGACCGACUGCUGGACUCAGCCUACCUGAGGAGUGGAGCUGGACUCAGAAGACCUCAGGACUCAGCAAAUCUAACUUUCUCCCACCUUCAAGGCACCCAGGGGAGCUUCCACCUCUCCCAGAUGCUGCUGCCGGAAUGCCAUGAUGAUGAUGAUGAUGAUGAUGAUGAUGAUGAUGGAUUAGAUGAGCCUGAUGGUUCCAGGCCUUCCUUGGGCCUAAGGGGAGGACCUUGUGGUGAUGUGACUGCAGCUGAGGCCUUUGACAGCAACAGUGAGGAUGACAAUAAUCCCCUUUCCACCUCACUGGAACCCAAGUAUUUCUCCCAGAGUUUCCACCAGGACCAAGAGGACUCAGAUGAUGCCUGGAACCAUUGCCCAGACAACCCGGAGAUGGAGUUUCAGCAAGGGGCCAAUGCCACUCAUAGUGUGGUGUACCAGAAUGAAGAAGGCCAGUGGGUGACUGACCUGGCGUAUUACUCCUCCUUUGAGAAAGAGGUUGACGGGAAGCCAUCGGAGAAUGUUGGCCAGCUUCAGACUGAGGAUUUUGUUCCUGCCAGUGAUGCUUUGGAAAAGAUAGCCAAGGAUCAAGAGGAAUUUGAGAAGGAGCACCAAUUCAUGCAGGAGGAGCAGAUUGAACCAGCCAGCAGCAACAGCACCUUCCACAGCGACUCCUCUUGGAGGGCCCCCACCAACAGCCACGUCCUGAUGAGGGCCUCCCAGGUCUCCUCAGAGUUUAAGCAGGGGGACCACAGCUACCUGCGACUGACUUUAGGGCAGUUUUUUGGACAGCGCUCUGAAGCCCUUGGCUGUCUGGGCAGCACUGAUGAUGUGGAUUGGAUUAAACGGCCGUCCUUUGGCUACAUCAUCACCUCUCCAGAGAAGAGGGAACCGUUUCCCCUGAUUCACCCCUCAGAGUUCUCAACCAGAGACAACUCUGCUCACACUGACACCAUGGAACUCAGUGAACAAGAUGAAACCCUCAACCCAGAGGACCUGGACAAAACUCUUGAGGCACCAGGUGAAAGGAUGUCACCGAAAGGUGUUGCAGAUCCAGAACCAUGUGAACAGAAGGACCACGCUGGCAGCGCUGCACUACCUGACCACAGUGAGGCUUCCGGCUCUGAUUCAAGCCCGGGUAACCAAAGCUGCGUGUCCCCCAACAACAACAGCAGCAACCUGAUGCUAAGUAUCAGCACCAUUGCCUCAGCAAUUGCCGACGCGUCCAUCAGCACCGACCCAUCGCAGCUGGCUGCCAUGAUCAUGGAGUUGACCAAGAGGAGCAGGGCGAGGAAUCGACCAGAGUCCGCAGGACCCGUCGGACCUGCUGUCAACUGCACAGAGGAACCACACUGUGCUGAACAUAUCCUCCCUGAUCCAGACCAGAGCGGCACACCGGACACGCUGCAGAGGAGCACCUACGUAGGAGAGCUGAGCGCAUUCGACAUGGAGAAAUACCUGAAAAAGAUGGAUGUGUCAUGCAGCAGCGAUGCCUCGGUGGAGCACACUACCUUUAACCUGACCGGUUGGAUUGACAACCCCAGCAGCUCUCAGAGGAACCCCGAGGCAGGACGUCCUGAGGAACUGGGGAGCUCAGCUCAGCGAGUGGAUAGCGAGACUCUACAGAAGCCCACGAGAACAGAAACCGAGGAGCAAGACAAAGGAGGAGAGGCCUCUAGCUCAUUAUUUAAUCCAGGUCACAAGGGUCACUCAAAAAAAAGCUCUAUUCCUCGCCCUCAUACGUCUUUCAGCUCUGCCAGGAGGUCCGUGGGCUCAGGGCAGGCCUCAACGGUCGCGCCUCCUGCAGAUAAAAUGACAGCAUGCGAUAACUCUUCUUCUUCUGCUACCAAGACAUGUGGGUCCUCAGGCAGGACCCUCAAAGAAAAUGGAGUCAAGCCAGGGGAAAUGAACCCACAAGCAUCCAGCAAGACUAGGUCUUCCUUAGACACAUCACAAAGGAGUGAUAAAUGCUCUGCUGCCUCACCCGGCUUGCCAAGAACCCCACCUGGCCUGAGGGAAGAUCAGUCUGGCCCGCCUUGUUUUAAAGGUUCCUCUUCUCCGACACAGAGGGUUAGGAGUGCAGGCCAGCAGCAGCAGGACAAACGGAGUCAUUCUCCAGAGAAGAAACCACCACCACCACACAGGAACAUCACGGCUGCUCCACUACCUCGUAGCUCUCUGGAGAAACACGUUGGCUUCUCUUGCCAGAACACCCAGCCUCCACUGGACUCUGCGUCUGAACUGCUGAAGGGUUUCUCUGAGCCCGGUGUGGAUGAGACUCAGUGUAACUUCAGACCGUCCACCUCCCCGCUCACUCACUCCUCUCCAAGUCAGACCUCUGUACCCAGCGCUGAUAGUAUGGUGUCACCCGCGUCGUCCAGCGGAGGUCUGGCAGACAAACGUCCAGAUCUUGACCUCUCUCCUCAGUCUACCUGCUCCAGCCCAAGUCUCAGCCGGCUCACCUACAUCUCAAUGAAUGAUGGCACUCUCAUUCCUACACCUGACAGGAAAAAGAACAACUGCACCAUGGCGCUGAGCACCACCAUCAUCAGAUUCAGUCCAACUCCACCCAUGGAACCAGAUGCACAGCCUGACCUCGAUGUUCUUGGCCGGCCCAAAAGCCUGGACCAGAUGAAACCACAGCACUCUCAAAGUCUGGACCCGCUACCGGCGCAGCAGUGUAAAAGCCCGGAGCCGUCCCGCAGUGCUUCGGGUCUGAGCUGCACUCGCAGCCAGAGUGAAUGUAACUACCACUGCCAUGGGGACAGAAUUGGGGAUCUCUCAGCGGGUAGCAGGAACCACAACCACCUCUCUGAGUCCAAUGUGAGACAGCUCACUAAAGUGGACUCUGGCUACUGCAGCAAUGUGAACAUUCAGCAAAGCAGCAGCGCCGCAGCCCCUCAGAGCUCGCAGCAGUGGGGCGCUGCUAGCUCGGGUUCCUCGUCAGUGUAUGCUAGCGGGCUCGGCAUGCCUCCAUCCUACUCAUCAGAGGGACUUCACUACGUGCCCAUUCCCAGCUUUAAGCCCCAAUGUAAUGGCUUGAUUGACCUUCCCCACCAAGCAGAUAUGCAGUCCCUCCUCACUGGGCGCUCUCUCUUCAACUCCCAGCUGCCUCAGCAGUAUUUGGGACCCGACGCUCCAUUACAUCCGAGUGGCUACCAUGUUAGAGCACCAGGCAUACCCAGCAGUGAUCUCACAGUGAGACACGUCCAUCCUACAUCAGGUCACCUGGGAAUUUCUGGGUCUGUUGGGUCCCAUCACCUCCCCAGACCCCAUCAGGGCCAGCAGGACUUGGCAAUGAUGGGGAAACCCUAUGGUCAAUAUGGUGCAGAGCCACUGAUGGCAGGAGGUCUUGAGGAACUGAGAGGCCAAGUGGUGGUGCCAGAUGAACUGCGGUUCCCUCACGCCUGCUGCGUUGGCAUCGCUUCACAGACCUCCCUCAGUCUCUUCAACCCCUCCGAGAGAUGGCAGCAGGUGUCAAUCACUGUCACCAGCCUGGCCAUCGAUGGAGAGAAGGUGGACAGCCUGCCGUACCAGUGGCUUAUAGUGAAAAACAAGACGAUCAUUGCCCCCAAGAGUACAGAGGAGCAGAAGGUGUUGUUCAUCCCUCCACAGGCUGGCGUGUACCAGUGUGUCUUCAGCGUUUGCUCGUGGCCCGCAUCGGCGGAGACGGAGGUCGCUGCCAGGGCCAACAUCUUUGCCAAAAGGGUGGUGCUGUUUGCCAUAGCAGAGAAUCCUGCACUGGAGAUUGAAGUAAGCAAUUCUGGCUGUCUGGAUUUCGGAGACCUUCCAGGAGGCAGUGCCAAAUCCCUUCCUCUCAAAGUGCUCAACAGGACUCAUGCCACAGUGCCCAUCCGUCUGGUCAUCAGCGCUAACGCUACAGCUUGGCGAUGCUUCACCUUCUCCAUGCACCCUGUUUCCAACACAUCUGAGGCGGCGCAGCAGUCCGGACACAUGACGCCGGUGUCCUCUCCCUCGGUGAUGAAUCACGUGAUGCAUGCCAGCUACGGAGAGAAUCCAGAGGGGUUCAUGGUCUGGGUUCACUUUAAGGCCCCUCAGAAGUACACUGUUUCAUCAGGUGAGCUCGGUCCGGCUGAUGAGUACAGUGCUCGGGUGGACAUUGAAGUGGACUCUCCUGGUCCCAGUCAUGUGAUCAGAAGUAUUCCCCUAAGGGCCAGGUCUGGAACUGCAAGGGUCCAUGCUCCUAAAGACCUGCAGACUGUCAGUCUGUCUGCUCCACCGGGUAAAUCCAGUCAACAGAUGCUGCCAUUAAAGAACGCAGGAAACAUUGAUGUGCAGCUGAAACUCAAGGGCAGUGACGCUGAGGACAGUUUCUCUGUGACACCUGAUGAACUGUCUCUGAGAAUGGGGGAGGAGCAAAGCAUUGUGGUGUCCUUCAAAGCACAGGGCAGCAGGAAAUGUCGAGAAAGCCUUCUCACCAUCUUGGUGCUGCCAUCGGGUCCUCAGUAUGAGGUCACCCUGAGAGGAGAAGUUGUCCCGGAGGACUCUGGGAAACCUGCCAUUCCCUCUGCCGUCGUCUUUGGUCCCGGCGUCGCCAAUGACGUCCCACCGAUUCUCUCCAACAAGCAGUCUGUAGCCUGGGGAGGGGUCACUCUAGGACGAGCUGUCCAACAGAAGCUGGUUCUGAGGAACAACUCGGCCAGCUCCACACAGCAGCUGCGGCUGCUUAUUCGUGGUCAAGACCAGGACUGUUUUCAGCUCCAGAGCAUGUUCAGUCUGGAGGAGCGUCUGACCCGACACGGGGAGCUGUCCAUUCGUCCCAGAGAGGACGUGACCGUCCACCUGCUGUUUGCUCCCACCAGGGUGGCGUGCAUGUUGGCCAAGCUGGAGAUCAAACAGUCUGGAGUCCGGCCGUCUCAGCCAGGAGUCAAAUUCACUAUUCCACUGUCGGGCUACGGUGGGACGAGCAACAUCAUCCUGGAGGACCAGAGGAAACAGGCAGACGGCUACGUGGCGACGCUGAGUGACAUCGCCAUCGGUCGCGUUAGCAAAGUGUGCCUAUGCGUGAGGAACACCGGCUCCAGAGCAGCUUUCAUCAAAGCCAUGGCCUUCUCCGACGUGAUGACACGAUCGGUCAUGGAGCCCUCUGUCAUCAGCCUCGCCCCGUCACAGUUUGUACUGAAGGAAAGGACACAAGAGGUGAUCACUGUUCUAAUGAAGUCCACCCAAAGAGAACAGGCCCUGUGUCAGUCGGACACUGCUCUGCUGGCUACUGUCUGUCUGUUUUGUGGAGAUGAGGUCUCCCGACAGCAGUAUAGGAGAUUGCUUCAGAGCAAACCCGAGGCUGUUCAGAAGGCUCUGUCUGAAAACAGUCUGCUGAAAAACAUCAACUUCAAUGAGAAGUUCCUAGGAGAGGAGCAUGUCACAGAAACCUACGACCUGCCCCAACGGCCCAACGAAGCUCACAUUUUCUACGGAAACAUGAGCAAGGUCGUGGUGUCGUUGAUCGGAAGCACGAAGAGCCCAGACUGUGAGCAGAGGGACCAACCUGAUCUGCUGCUGCGGCCCUCUUCCAGACCCAUCUCGGAGACAGACAGUGGCUUGGCAAACGGCAAUGUGUUUCUGGACGUGCUGCCGGUGAAAGGUCCCCAAGGUCCAGCACUGAGAGUGGCAGAGCCCUCCUUAAAGACUUCAGAGCCAUUACACAGGCAGUCUGAGUCCUGGACCAUCCACCCAGAACAACUUGUCCUUGCGGCUCCCACCAUCAACGGGGCGGCCUCCACCAGUCAGGUUCAGAUCCGGAACAAUACAUCCAGAGAGCUGAGCUUUGAUUUGUCUUGGCCCGCUCACUGCCUCACCAUCACCCCUCAGCAUGGAGUUAUCGAGCCUCAGUGCCACCUACAGAUUUUGAUCAGCCCCAACCCUUCACUAGCAACUAAAUCAACCCUGCUGCCAUGGAGCGGACAGAUUUAUGUCCAGUGUGACAGUCAACAGAAGUUUAUUAAGGUCCAGAUUCGGGGAGACCUGGCUCUGGAUGUGUCCGCGGCCCCAGCAGACACCACCCUGUCAGCCCUGCCUCCUCAGGCUGCCACCCCAGUGCUGCCUGUGGCCAGGCUGGCCGCCAGGCCUUCGCUACCUCUGCAGACACCACAGGCACCUCAAGCCCUGGUGGAGAUCAGCAGCAAGACUGUCAUGUUCCCCACUACCCCCUCGGGGGAAACAUCAGAGGCCCAGCUGGAGGUGCAGAAUGGGGAAGGUGAAGUGAGGUGGUACCUGUCAUCAUUUGCUCCUCCAUAUGUCAAGGGGGUUGACAACACUGGAGACGUUUACCGGGCCACUUACACUGCUUUCAGAUGCUGCAGGAUCUCAGGCACUCUUGGAGCCCAUGAGAAGAUGCAGGUGCCUAUAACUUUCCUGCCCAGGGACAGAGGGGACUAUGCCCAGUUCUGGGACUUGGAGUGCCACCCUGUGUCCGAGCCCCAGCAGAAGACCAGAAUCCGCUUCCAACUCUGUGGCACUGGAGUGAAGUAUGGACCAGUUGAAGGACCACAGGAAGGAGACUGCUCUCUGGUGAGGACGGAGUCCACGGUCAAGACCAGGAAGAGAGCUGAUCCCUCGGCAGGCAAGACCAGUCAGGAGGAGGCUGCGCGGAGGGGCGUGUACUCCCCACAGGAUCUCUACACCUUCCCGUCCACGCGGACCGGAGAAUCCAGCACCCUGAAGGUCAACAUCCGCAACAACUCAUCUGACACACACGAGCUGAAAUUUGUAAACCCCACGGAGCCCUUCCACAUCAAGCAUUCCAAAUAUUCCCUGAGAUCGCAGCACUACCUGAAGCUGCCCGUCCAGUUCAAGCCCAGUACUGCAGGCAGACACGCUGGCUUGCUGCUCAUCCAGUCAGAAACAAGUGGAAGUCUUGUUAUUCAGCUGACCGGUGAAGCAUUGCCUUGAAUCUAACCAUCCUACUCCACCUCCUCAUGCUGGCUGGCUCUGGGUGGAUGCUCUUUACUUGUGCUGUUCAUCACGGGACGAACGAGGGUAAUGAGAGAGGAAAACUGCAAACUGCUAUGGAUCAAAUAAAAGCCUUAAAUCCUUCCUCCUCGUCACAUCUUCUUAACGCUCUGGAGAUAUAUUCAGUCUCUGAUUGACCGGAGAUGACUAGAGACUCCACCGCCAACACAGCUCCGUCCGCGUCUGGAUGUGGCACAGGUGUCUUCAGCCGGCCCGUGAAAAAAAAUGAUUGGGUCCUGUUUUUCGCGCCCGGAGCCGAAUGAUUUGGUCUGACUGGCUCACAAUUAGUCUGCAUCGCUCUGACAUUUUCACAGAGCUAACGAUUUCUGUCACUUUACUCCAGAUCUGACCAUUUCCUCGUCCCCGAGUCACGCCGCAAGGCAGUAAUGCUGUCGCCACGGUCGCUGUCAGACGGUGUCAGUCGGGAUACGUCACUUUGAGUUGGACACACAGGAAAGCCUUUGGCUCCGGGGAUUUUUUUUUUUUUUUUUUUGUCUCGACCCUGAUUAAGUAAUUUCAACAAGACUACAUGAGAUUUAAAGACUCUGUUUUUUGUUUUCUUUUGAAAAUCAGAAGCUCUUUAGGUUCGUCUAAAUUUCUUAAAAUGUUCCUAAUCUUCAGCACUGGUGUGGUUUCCAUUGAAGCGGCGUCUCCUCACUCGGAGCCCACCUGCACAGUGGCCUUUUGUUGGCGGCACCGCAUGUUGACUUCCCGGCAACCUCCAAGACUGGUUUCCAAGCGGUCCAGAUGUAUUUAAUUUAGUCUUCAGAUCAGUGCAGCUACAUUAGGAUGGCUAAUGAUUGUUAUUACAUGCUAAAAAGAGUCUCCCUCUGGUGGGGUUUUUGUUCGGCAGCUCGCCAGACCAGUUUAGUAUGGUUACCAUGGCAAAAUGGUGUUAAUCACUGUUCCAGUCACAGAAAAUUACCUCCCUGCUUCCUCUUUUUGGGUCUGGGGCAAAUGGCCAAAAUUGCUUGGGGGGGGUUCACAUCCAUAAUCUGUUUUGGAACUGGAAUGUCAUGGGGGAACGCAGGUAAACCUGUAAGGUGCCACACACUGUGGCAACACUUUGGAAUGGAAAAAAACACUAGUCGCGGAUUGUUUUCCUGCUAGUAGAGCACGUUUUGAUAUGAAGGCAUUGUGAUGUCUCAGGCUGCUCUCAACAGGCCCCGACAACUAUCCUGACAUACUUAGAUACACAAUUUGCACAUGCUUUAAAUAGUAUAUAAUGUAAUAUAUUGUACGUACACAUUUUAAUA